UUGCAUAGUACUAAUAUUAGUGACGGAGUUGGAAUUGAAGCUCCCCCACAGAAUCGGAGAGAGUAAGUAGUGAGAGGAAGAAAAGGGGAAGUGGUUUAGGUGUUAUAAAUUGUGUCACCUGUUCUUCGAUGCAUAGGAGAAUGAGAGCUCAUCAUUGAUAAGUAAAUGAAAGAGGAACUAUGAACAGCUGGCACUUGUGUCUUCAUUUAAUUCUUCCUCUGUUUUUUGCCCCUAAACUGAAGGCUGAGGAUGUUGAAGAAAAUGGUCCGUUUACCACACCUGGAUUAAGCGAUUACAGCGAAACUUCAUCUGACGACUUUACUGAGAUUGUCCUGAACGAGAUCGACCCGAAAGAGAUGGACCUGAAAAUUGACACAUCACAUGGUAUUACUAUAAAAUGGAGGACACCAAAAGACUGGGAUGCGUUCUGUUACAAAAGUGAAGUGCAAUACAAGAACCAAUGUGGCAAAAACUGGACGACAAUUGAAUAUGACAACAAACAUGAGCUGAAUGUUUUGAAUCUGCCUACUCUCAGUAUGAAGCAGAAUUAUGAUUUCAGAAUAAGAAUGAAAGUGGAUUGUAGCUUUGAUGGGGACUGGAGCAACUGGACACAUAUACAAAGUUGGGGAAAUCAACCAGAUCCCUGCAUCGAAGAAUCAUCUUCCAAUGUAUGGAUUUAUGUUUUAAUAACUGUUCUGCCAUUGGCCAGCCUUCUUAUCAUUUGCCUGCUAACACGGGAGAGCAUUAGAAAACUGAUCCUUCCUGCAGUACCAGAUCCCAAACAUUUCAAAAGUAGAAUCAUGGACAUUGAUCAGUCUCAAUGGUGGAGCAGCGUUGGACAGUGUUAUGAAGAAUGCAAAACAACAGACGUUGAGAUUGUCAACAAAAGUGAAAAUAAUAAGGAUGACCAGACUGUAGCCAUCCCUGAAGAACACGACACAAACAUGUACUGUAUCUACCGGGGUGAUAAUACAGAGGCACAGUGCCCUCAGAGGGUAUUUGGCUAUAUUGUUCUUUGAAUAUUAUUUUAAUAAUGAUAGAGAGUCACUAAAAUGGUACUUGUAUUGGCAUGCCCACUGACACCUUUUAUAUUUCUGUGGCAAGUGGAUUGUGAAUACAAUGCAAAAUUAUUUGUAUAUAUAUAAAAUUAUGUUAAAAAGUGUGUGUGUGGAGGAUAAACAGUACUGUAAGCCAUUCACCUGUCUAUUGGUCAGUCAGAAUCACAUAUUCGACAGCAUAUAUGACUUAAACUCAAAAUUACAUCAUAAAAACGUUUUACAGGAGCACUGUACAAUCAGGUUGUAUUUGUUUACAUUAGUAAAUGCGCCAGCUAACAUGAACAAUGAACAAUGCAAAUUUAGCAUUUAUGAAUCGUAAUUGAAUCAGUGCAAUUGUUCGUGUUAUUUUAUUGUGCAUUAACUAAUGUUAAAAGUUUUUAAUUUUGAAAAUGUAUAUAUGAUAAAAUUAACAUGAACUAACAAUAAUAAAUGCUGUAGAAGUAUUGUUCAAUGUUAGUUCACGUUAGCUAAUACAUUAAUGUUAAUUAACAAAUACAACCUUAUUGUAAAGUGUUUAUUAAGCUUUUUAUACAAAUGAGUUUUUAUGAUUGUAUUUAUUAUGUCAGGAGUUUUAUUGUUAAACGUCACAAACAUCAUGGAUCUUUUAUAAAGAAAUGAGAUCUGCAGAAAGAGCUGGAGACUUAACAUAGAUUUAAAACGUGUAGAUGUAACCAGGUUUGGUGUGUAAAAGCCUGAUUGUGUUUCUAUAAAGCCACAGAAAAUCCUCUGAUUGUAUUUGCUUCUAACAUCAAUAUGUGUGCAGUACAAUCCUUUGACAAUGGAGGGCACUCUGACUAUCCUAAAGUGUUAAAGAGGAGCCAAAAAAUAUCAAAGCCAGCCAGGAACACAGUCUUCACAGCAUCACAGGCCUCUCUUAUGGGAGGAUGUGCGUUAAUUUGAAGACCGAUUUAAAAGAUUAAUGCGAUACUACAUAAUGGAUGUGAAGUUUCAGUGUGACGAUGUAACAAAGCCAGAGAGCCGCAGACACGCACACCGAUCUGUUGUGAUUUAUGAACUGAUGUGCCGCUGAAGGAGAAAAUAAGCAAAUAAUCAUUAGGAGACAGAACCAAGAAAUCAAAAAUGAAUAGGCCUACAUGCAGGUGAAUAAAUAUAACCUGUGUCUGUACCUAUUGCAGGCUAUAAAAAAAUAACCAGCAUUGUUCCCAAGCAAUGCACAUACAAGGCAGGUCAAAAAGUGUGAGGCCUGUUUGAAAUAUGGGAUUAGAUUUAUUUAAACCUUGAAAGGAGCAUUUGUAUUUUAUGCACUUUUUAAAUACACUGAAAAAAAUGAUUCAUUGAAU